ACGCGGAGCGCCAGCCUGCGCUGGAGCCGCCCCAAGCUAGUGGCUCCCUAGGACUCAGAGAGAGACCAAACCCCGCUGCCCAUUGACGCCGGCCCCGGCCCCUGCGGGAAGGGCUGCAAAGUGACAUCCAGAACAGAGCUGGAUAAAUAUCCAGGAGAGACAUUUCAGAACCCUUGCCAACCUCACCAUGCCGGUUGCUGCCACCAACUCUGAGACUGCCAUGCAGCAAGUCCUGGACAACCUGGGAUCCCUCCCCAAUGCCACGGGGGCAGCAGAACUGGACCUGAUCUUCCUUCGAGGCAUUAUGGAAAGUCCCAUAGUAAGAUCCCUGGCCAAGGCCCACGAGCGGCUGGAGGAGACCAAGCUGGAGGCUGUUCGGGACAACAACCUGGAGCUGGUACAGGAGAUCCUGCGGGACCUGGCACAGCUGGCAGAGCAGAGCAGCACAGCCGCAGAGCUGGCCCGCAUACUCCAGGAGCCCCACUUUCAGUCCCUCCUGGAGACACAUGACUCGGUGGCAUCGAAGACCUAUGAGACACCACCCCCUAGCCCGGGCCUGGACCCCACAUUCAGCAACCAGCCGGUGCCUCCCGACGCUGUGCGCAUGGUGGGCAUCCGCAAGACCGCUGGAGAACAUUUGGGCGUGACGUUCCGUGUGGAGGGCGGUGAGUUGGUCAUCGCACGCAUUCUGCACGGGGGCAUGGUGGCUCAGCAAGGCCUGCUGCACGUGGGUGACAUCAUCAAAGAGGUGAAUGGACAGCCUGUAGGCAGCGACCCCCGCGCGCUUCAGGAGCUGCUGCGCAGCGCCAGCGGCAGCGUCAUCCUUAAGAUUCUGCCCAGCUACCAGGAGCCCCAUCUGCCCCGCCAGGUGUUUGUGAAAUGCCACUUUGACUAUAACCCGGCCCGUGACAGCCUCAUCCCCUGCAAAGAAGCUGGCCUUCGCUUCACUGCUGGGGACUUGCUCCAGAUUGUAAACCAGGAUGACGCCAACUGGUGGCAGGCAUGCCACGUAGAAGGAGGCAGCGCUGGGCUCAUCCCCAGCCAGCUGCUGGAGGAGAAGCGGAAAGCCUUUGUGAAGCGGGACCUGGAGCUGACACCCACCUCAGGGUCCCUAUGCGGCAGCCUUUCAGGAAAGAAAAAGAAGCGAAUGAUGUAUUUGACCACCAAGAACGCAGAGUUUGACCGCCAUGAGCUGCUCAUUUAUGAAGAGGUGGCCCGCAUGCCCCCUUUCCGCCGGAAAACUCUGGUGCUGAUUGGGGCUCAGGGCGUGGGCCGGCGCAGCCUGAAGAACAAGCUCAUCAUGUGGGAUCCAGAUCGCUAUGGCACCACAGUGCCCUACACGUCCCGGCGGCCCAAGGACUCAGAGCGGGAAGGCCAGGGUUACAGCUUUGUGUCCCGAGCAGAGAUGGAGGCUGACAUCCGUGCUGGGCGCUACCUGGAACAUGGCGAAUAUGAGGGCAACCUAUACGGCACACGUAUCGACUCCAUCCGGGGUGUGGUUGCGGCCGGCAAGGUGUGCGUGCUGGAUGUCAACCCCCAGGCAGUGAAGGUGCUGAGAACAGCUGAGUUUGUCCCUUACGUGGUGUUCAUUGAGGCCCCCGACUUUGAGACCCUGCGGGCCAUGAAUCGGGCUGCACUGGAGAGUGGGGUAUCCACCAAACAGCUCACGGAGGCAGACCUGAGACGGACAGUGGAGGAGAGUAGCCGCAUCCAGAGAGGCUAUGGCCACUACUUUGACCUCAGCCUGGUCAACAGCAACCUGGAGAGGACCUUCCGUGAGCUCCAGGCUGCCAUGGAGAAGCUGCGGACGGAGCCCCAGUGGGUGCCUGUCAGCUGGGUGUACUGAGCCUGCUUGCCUGGACCUUGAUCCCUCUGGGUUGUGACCCAGAACCCUGAAUCCAUCCUUCUCCAACCAUGACUCCCAACCACAAUCCUUCUCUCCCAUCCCUGGCGCUCUGGCUCUCCCUGGGUAGCAGCUCCUAGUGGGCCCUAAGUCUGGCUUCAGCACAGAGGCAUGCACUGCCAGGGAGGUGGGUGUUCAUGGGGUACCUCUGUGCCCAGGUGCUGCCCCCUCCCGAUGCCCGUUAGCCACCAGAUGUCCCUCUCUGAGGAACAAGCUAGUCCCAGGAGUGUGCCUGAGCACUUCCAAAAGGCUCAGUCCAGAGAAGAGAAAAGCUGCUUUGGGACCAUGUGGUCAGUAGGUACACUGCCCUCUGUCACCUCUCUCCAGUCACCUUUUCUCCUCUGGAUUGACCACACCCACCCCAUUCCUUGGGCUCCUCCCACCUCUCUCCCGUUAUUUCCUAGGAGCAGGCCCUAGGCGGUUUCCAUGUGGUCCGGGGAGUGCAUAGCUCCCUAGCAGCCAGGCAGGCCUGGGUAAUGGUGCCAGCCUGGUGCCAUCCUGAAUGCUGCAGGAGCCAAAGCUUGAGCCAGUUGCCACAGCCAGGGAGCAGCUCUUGGCUCCCUCGGAAUGAGGCAGGGUCCCACAAGUGGGACACUGCCCUGUCCUUCCUCAUCCACAGCUUUUCACUGCCGAAGUCUCUCCACAGACUUCUCCAAUGUGCCCCUAACAGGUCAGCUUUGCUUCCCAAAGGACAAGGCUGGCAGGGGGCAGUGGGCUCCACCCAGGUCAGGGUGUGUUGGAGGCUGACUCCUGUGACAGACAAGUAGCUCAGUCUCCAAGCUCUCCAUGGCCCAUGGUGGGGACAUGUCUGGCUCCCUGUCCAUGACCAUUGUCCAUUUUGGUCUUCUCUCUGGCCAGGUCCAAGUGGCCCACUGGCAUCAGGGCUGCAUGUGGGGCUGAGGAAGGAUGUGGAGGGGACUUUGUGAGCACUGGGCCAUGGAGUAUGGGCUUGGUGAAGGACAUUUGUGCUCUUCUUGUAGUCCAGCUCCAGGGGGCGCCAUCCACACUGUUUCUGCGAUUCUGUGGUGCCUGAUCUGUUUCUGCCACUGGCGUGUGUGUGUGUGUGUGUGUGUGUGUGUGUGUGUGUGUGUGUGUGUGUGUGUGUGUGUGUCAGGCUUGGCUUUUGGAGAGGAGCAAAGGGUGGUUUUGCUUUGGAGGUCACUUUUUGAGGCCCCUUUUUUGGGGUUCCCAAAAUGUCUUAUGAGACCCCCCCCCAUGUCUUAUGAGACCCUUAUCCCACAUUCUAGAGCCUUGGCCCUCCCAGAUGUCGUUCUCCAGCUGUCCUAUUGUCCCCUGACCUAAAUGCCACUCUCCAGUCCUUGGGGAGGGCAAUUGUGUAAAAUAGGAAAAUCCAUUUUAAGAAAAGAAUGCUGUCCUAGACUUCCCCAGGCAUUUCAUUCCUCACCCUUCUCUGUGACCCUUCCUGGGGUGAGCCUGUCCUUGCGGGGCGCCACCCCAGCCCCUCUGCUUCCGGGUCCUUCUGAAUGUCUAAUCAGUGUUCGCUGCAGUGUCAGCCCAAGCUGACCCCUGUACCACUGUGUGCCCAUUUCCUAGGGAAGGGGAGGGAGAAGAAACAGAAUAUUUAUUACAAAGUUAGAAAUAUAUUUAUUAUACUAGGGAUCUCAUUUGCAUAGGAUAUGUAAAUGAGGUGUCAAGGUCAAGCCUGGUCCCAUCUCAUUUGCAUAGCUCUGCAUCCACUAUGCAGUGAUCAUUAUACCCCUUUCCCUUUUAGUCAGUGUUCUUUCUAUUCUUAAUUCAGCUCUCCCUUGCACCACCCUCACCCUCAGCCCAGGGGACUGAGAAGAGGAGGAAAAUUGGGUGUUCGCCUGCUGGCCUGAGGCCAUAGUGUCUUUGCCAGUUCCCACCUCACUUGGGGGACUUCGGAGUGGAGGCAGCCAAGCAUCCCCCUUGGUUAACCUCCAAAGCCCCCUGACCAAAAGAUAGGGGUGGCGGUUGGGCACCUUGGUGGGGCGUUGACACCUGGCGUUUUAGGGUGAAUCUUCAGUGUUAAUGCUGUUCUGGCACCUCACCUCCAGUGAUGCCCAGGGGACAGGGCUGGGCCCCUCCUCUCCUGUCUUCAUCCCUUUCUGAACAGCGUACUACCUCCCCUGCCUAAGCCCCACUCCUUGGACCGGGCUGGGUCCAGGUUGGAACAGGUGUGUGUGCCCACCGUGUUAGCUCCGAGUCUGUCCUUUCUCCUCCCACUGUGGACGCUUGUAUUUGAGGGACCUCAGGAUAAUGACCGUGCCCGUACUGUCCACACUUAGUCUCAGCCCAGUUGCCCUUCCCUUCUCUCCUCCUUCAGCCAUCCAAUUCCUGAACUCUCUCUCUGACUGGUUUUCUUUCUUUUCACUUGAUUAAAUGUGAAAGCAAAGGCC